GGAGAAAUAGAGCAGUGGUCUCUUGGUUUGUGGACACGCCCCCUGUCAAAACGUCACUUUCAAACAUGGCAGCUUACUUGAGCCGGUUACACCACAUUUCGCUCCACGUUUCUAAUGUGGAAAAAAUAGCAAAUGACCUCGUCUCUAAAUUCAAAUUUAAUUUAUUUGCUACCAGGCUAACAGACAGGUCCAGGCAGCUCGCUUUCAGGAAAGGAGCGGCUGUUUUCAUCGUGAAUGAGAGACCAAACCUCAGUGAUGCAAGGGUGAAAGAAGAACUUGAAGGCAUCUCAAACAAAAUUUCAUCAAGUCCACAUCUGGUAAAUAUCGGGAAAUACAACCAGGAUGAUUCUGCAAAAUAUCUGUAUGAUGUGAACCCACAUUACUCCGUGGAUACUGUGAGUAACGUGUGCUUCGAGGUGCAGGAUGUGGAAAGGUCAUUCAAAACUCUCCGCCAUAUGGGCUGCAAUUUCCUGGUUCCUCCCACCACGGUGCGGGACGACAGGGGACUUGUCACCUACUCCGUGGUCAAAUCCAUCGUAGGGAAUGUGUGCCACACGCUCAUUGACAGGACAAAAUAUGAGGGGAGCUUUUUGCCAGGGUUUGAUGUCAUUGAAAAGGACUUCAGCUUAGAAGAAGAAGACACAUCUUGUCCUAUCACACAUUUUGAUCACAUCACUUAUGCCUGUCCGAGGAAAACAACCCACCAGGUCAUGAGGUGGUAUGAGAAACUCUUUGGUUUCCAAAGGUUUUUCAUUGACAGGAAUGAAGACAUGGAUGAAGGUUUUGUAGUAAACCAGGAUGGUAUUGGUCUGCGUCUCACUGCCAUGGAGUACUGGAAAUGCAGCGAAGCAGGCAUCACUCUCCCCUCUGUGGACAAGAAGGAGCCUGACUGCAAGUUUGUCAUUGCAGAAUCACUGCCUGAACAAGGCAGGAAUCAGGUUGACACCUUCUUGGAGAAGCACAGAGCCCCUGGGAUCCAGCACGUUGGACUCUACACUGAAAACAUAGUUUCUACUGCGCAUGUGAUGGCUGAAGCUGGGGUCCAGUUCUUCUCUCCUCCUCUCGCCUACUACACUGAGGUGGGAAGACAGCAGGAGAUAGAGGAGGCAGGACAUGACCCCCAGAUGCUAGCGCAGCAUGGCAUUCUGCUGGACACAGAUCUGCACCAGGAUCCGGCAUCACAGACAACACCCAGUGAAAAGAAAAGAUACCUCCUCCAGGUGUUCACCAAGCCCAUCUUUGAAGAAGACACCUUCUUCCUGGAGCUGAUAGAGCGAAGAGGAGCGACAGGUUUUGGAGAGGGGAACAUCAGGGCGCUGUGGAGGUCUGUCCAGGCACACAUGGAGAACCAAAGGGUGGCAGCGGGGUCCACAAAAACUGUGCAGACUGCUCAAUAUUAGUCACUCCAACUUUUUUAAACUGAGGUUAUUUAUGUCUGUUUUUAUAUCAAUGUAAGAGCACUUCAAAGGGAGAAAUAUGUACAAAGACUGUAAUUUAUUUACUGAAAAGUUUACCACAAGUGCUUUGCAUUUCAGCUGAGGUUCAUAUCAAGAUCCAAAUUGCACUGCUUACAAAGUAAAAAUAAUAAAUAUAGUGUUAAUAUCUAGCUUUGACCUGACUCAGUAGAUAAAUAAAAAUAAGACUGCACUGAGAAGAAACUGGUACAAACCAGAAGUCACAUACUGUACUUGAAACAUUUAAAAAAAACGUCUCUGUCUGUAACAGUAAAAAAGAUGUCUUUGUUCUGAACUGUGUCAAAGUUAAGCUACUGACUGACUCCCCCAACAACUGUUCCUCAAUAAAUCUGUUCCUCACAGUCA